CUGUCAGUCGCGCUGUAUCGCUGGACAGUGCAGCACGCAUCAGUCAGCGCUCGCCCGUCAUUUUGAUUCAACGGCUGUCUCUUUACCGUGUAUGUCCCGAGAAAGCCUGACCCAGGGGAAACUAGCCCCAGGCGAGGGGAGAGGAGUACUUUGUUUCGAACUCUCAGGGGGCGGGCGUUACUUCGUUAAUCUGCCACUGACUUCGUUAACGACCUGUGUAAAACACCAGCCAGCUGAUAAGAUGGGUACUGUUUUUGUGUAGGUGUAAAUAUUACAUCAUUUGGAUUAUCUCUGGAUUAUACAGACCGCAUUGCUCACAGCCGGUGCCACAUAUGGCCCCCGACGAAAUCGGAGUGUUACCGAGCAUGCGCAGAGGGUGAGCACAGUACCCCUCGAGGCAAGCAGCUUUUGAAAUUGGAUCUGUAGAAGAAAGUUUAGGCCGUCUAGCACUGUGGAUCUGGCAUUAUGGAAACUGCGAGCGCCUUGGUGUAGUUUCACUAGAGAAUGAACAGUGAACAUGAUUUCCCAUGAUUGGAUUAUACUCUGGAUAUUGUGCUUAGCCGUCUUACAAGUAUGGAUCGUCGAAUCUAUUAAUUAUGACAGUAAAAGAUUCGACGGCCUUCAGGAUCUCCACAGCCGGUGUCAAGAUGGCUUCUUUGGCUACAAGUGUCGCUUCCGGUGUCGGUGCAGGAGGAGCGAGGUCUGUGACAAGGUCCAUGGCAACUGCGUAGGAGGAUGCCGGGAAGGCUUCUGGGGGCCCGGAUGUCAGCUCACCAACAGCUGCUACUAUAAUGGCCAGAAGAGAAACUAUAUGGGGACCAAGGCUAUGACCACCAAACUGUACACAUGCCAGAGAUGGGACCAACAAGUUCCCCAGAAACACAGCUACACACAACGGGAUUUCCCCGACAGGGUGUUCCCCAACAACUUCUGCCGGACCACAGCCGACUCCUCCCAGCCCUGGUGCUACACGACAGAGCCCCGGGCGAGGUGGCAGUACUGCAGCAUCAACAACUGCAAUUGCCCCCCUGCCCGAUUUGGCAUCAACUGUGGGAAGGAAUGCCACUGUAAGGAGUACUCGGAGAACUGUGAUAGCAUCCUGGGAAUGUGUAAGAGCGGCUGCGCUGCUGGUUGGACUGGUUACGACUGUCAAACACCCACUCCUUGCCCCGCCAACAGGUAUGGGUGGGCCUGCGCCAAGGAAUGCCAGUGUAAAAAUAAAAAGGACUGUGAUCGCUUCACUGGACCUAAGUCCAGUUGCAAAUGCAAGAAGGGAUAUUUUAACCCUCCGCUUUGCGAACCAGUAACCGCUCCCCGUAUUGUCGCCUUCGAGAACACGGUCGUGAAUCCAGGGCAACCCUCGGUCUUUAAUUGUACCGUGGCUGCCUUCCCUACCCCGUUCGAGAGUGAAAUUCAGCUAAGAGGUCCCUCCAGUAAGAGAAUCACCCUCUUGGAGUCUAAGACCCUGGAUCAGUACCAGUACACCAGGAUCAACCUCUUCAAGGUCAACUACAUCAUGACAGGGGAACGCUAUACGUGUUUUGUCCAAGCAACGGCAGGGUCCACUUCGAUGACCAUCGUGGCCGAAGUCUACGAACCCCCGCGUCUGAGUCGGGCUCCGCAGGUCAGGGAGGGGUCCGUGAAGGCCACCAACAUCACCAUCCAGUGGCAUAAGUGGAACGACAAGACAGGGGACACGGGGGACGGACCCAUCUUGUGGUACAGCAUCAAUGUCAAGGCCAAGGGAGAGAAGAUGUACACCAUGACCGGACUGGUCUACCAUACUUUUUGUGAGGACAUGUGUUCCUUCACAAUCACGGAGCUGACCCCCAAUACCAAGUACGCCAUCUACGUGGUUACCAGGAACAAAGAGGAGGGAGGGGAAGGACCCCCCGGGCCUAUAAUACACGUCAACACUAAAUGUGCAGAGCCCCGCCUUGGCCCCACGUUACAGGAGGUGAAGACACUGAUACAGGUGAACGACACAGUCCCUAGAACCGUCAUCACCGUCAAAUGGAUUGACCCACUCCCAGAGGACCUCAAUUGUGAUUUUGCGAAGGAAUACAAAGUACGUGUUACCAGCCCUGAGGGGGACGGGACGACCAAGACGUGGACAACCCCGGGCGGUGAAGGGAGAAUGAUGGUCAUCCGGGACCUUAGCCCAUUCACUCAGUACUGUAUUCAAGUCCGUUAUGUUACCAACAAAGGGUUCGUGAGUCCGGAUUCGGAACGACAAUGCCUGAAAACGCCCGAGACAUUACCUGGUCCACCAACCCACCUGUCAGUGCGCAAGCGCGACAUUCGAAGUAUAACAUUGUCGUGGAACAGGCCGAAACCGGCUAACGGCAACGUGACGUCAUACAGGAUCAUGUACUGGGAGGCUGGGUCGGCGAACGCUAACGGGAUUGAGCACUAUGCAGCCACUCAGUUUGUUGAGUUUGUGCUGACGGGGCUCAAACCGUUCACCGAAUACCAAGUGCAGGUUCGGGCAGUAAAUAACGCCGGAGCUGGGAAGGCAAGCCCCAUCCUGUCUGAGAGAACAGAGGAGAGUGUUCCAGGUCCUGUGCGCGUCUUGAGGAACGUGUCACGUACGACGACGUCAAUACACCUCAGGUGGGACCGGCCUCUUGACUUUAAUGGCGAGCUGCGCUACUUCACGGUGUCCUGCACGCCCAUUACAACCCUCUCGAAGAGGAGUUACGACGACGACAAAGCGGAAAUCAGACUGCCCGUGGACACGUAUGAAUACAAGAUGGAGGGGUUACGUCCUGCCACGCAGUACUCAUGCACAGUUAACGCUAGCACAGUCAAAGGGUCUGGAGCUCAGGCUAGAGUUGUUGUGUGGACAGAUGCUCCAGAUCCCAAGAAACCGUUGGAGCCAAUCAUCGUUGAAGUCUCCGACCACACUGUGACCCUUGACCUCCGUGAUGCAGGGGACCUAACUGUCAGCUUCUAUCGCCUCAUAGUGGAGCUAUUGUACGAGAAGUUACGUCAUGAACGUUCAACCCCCCAACAUCUCAACAUCAAAGACGACUACCAACGGGCAAGUCGACACGGAACCCGGAUGUAUGUCGCCGCCCAGCUCGAAAGAGGUGCCGUCAAUGGGAAGUUCGUCGUCGGCGACAACAGCACGUACGGCGGCUUCUACAACGCUCCCUUACAGCGGGACCAGACCUAUAAUAUAUGGUUCGGGGCCUUCUCUGUUGUUGAUGGCACCGAAAGACAAACAUUUUCCAGGAUUGAGAGACCAGUAUUAGUUCGCCCCGUUAAGACAGCGCCGCAGACCAGCCAUGUUCCCGUCAUCAUCGGCGUCCUCGUCGUCUUCAUCCUCCUCAUCAUAACAUUCGCUGUCCUGUUGCUGGUGUGGAGAAAACGUCAUCUGUCAGCUGAGAGAGAGAAGUCAGAUCUGCCAUCAUUUGGUCCAACCAUUCUACCGGAACCGGAUACGUCCCCUCCGCCCACUCCCAUUGGAGGUUUCUACACUAAGUUUAGUUUGGGUACAAUUAACAUUGAGGCAGAACCUCUCAUUCUUCCAUCUAUAGAUAACGAUCUCGAGUCUGAGCCCAUAUAUGGAAAUGUCGGAAAUAUCACGAUUCCACCAAUCAAGGUGGAGGAUUUAUGGGACUACAUCCGUGCAAGCAAGGAAAACGAUUAUGAUGGCUUGAAAAGAGAGUAUAAGCUUAUACCCCCAGGGCUGACUGCUGGCUGCGAGAUUGCGAAAAGAACGGAAAAUAAGGCCAAAAAUAGAUAUGGAAACAUUAUAGCAUAUGAUCACUCUCGAGUUGUUUUGGAGUUGGAAGGAGACGACCCAACAGAUGACUAUAUCAAUGCCAAUUAUAUAGAUGGGUAUCAUAAACCCAGAGCUUAUAUAGCAGCCCAAGGACCAAUAAAACCAACUAUUAAUGAUAUAUGGCGGAUGGUGUGGCAGGAAAAUUCAAAAACACUCAUCAUGCUGACCAACGCUACAGAGACAGGGAAGAAAAAGUGUGAGCAGUAUUGGCCUGACGAUGGGUGCGAGCAAUAUGGCAAUAUAUCGGUACAGCUACUCGGCACCGAUAUACUGCCUGACUUCAUUGUCAGGACGUUCUUACUGUCUAAGGAGAGCCAGUCCAAAUACGUUAAACAGUUCCACUAUACCACGUGGCCAGACCACGGAGUACCAAAGUUCGGCAAUUCAUUGUUGUUGUUCCGCCAGAAGAUCCGGGCGUACGACAGCCUUGACAAUGGAACAGUUAUUGUGCACUGCAGUGCUGGCGUAGGCCGGACAGGCACAUAUAUCGCCAUUGACACGCAGCUGGAGAAGGCUAAAUCAGAAGGCAUAAUCGACGUUCAUAACUUCGUAAAGUUGAUGAGGGCACAGAGGGUCAAUAUGGUCCAAACUCUGGAACAGUACAUCUUCGUGUACGACUGUUUGCUGGAGGCACUUAUCUGCGGCGACACCACCGUCACCAGCCACAACUACGUCGACAGCUAUUCGGACAUGUGUCAGUUCGACUCGGAGAUAGGCAAAACGAAGAUUGAGGAACAGUUUGAGAUUUUGAAACUUCUGUCGACGACGAUAGAACGUGAUGAAACGACAACAGCGCUGCGUCCUGAGAAUAUAUUCAAAAACAGGUGUAAAAACAUAACGCCAGCCAAUCGGUGUCGACCUUACUUAAUGACUCCGUGUGAUGGCAGCAACGAUUACAUCAACGCUGUCUACAUCAACGGUUACCGACAAAAGGACGCCUUCAUCACCACUCAGAUGCCCCUCCCGAACACGGUGGCUGACUUCUGGAGGCUGGUGUACGACCAUCACUCCUUCUGCAUCGUCAUGUUGAACGAGAUUGAUGACAAGGAUGAGACGUGCGAACAGUACUGGACUCUCGACACCUGCGGUAACAACUACGGACCCUUCAUCGUGGAGACGACGGCCGAGAUCAAGUCUGACCCUGCCGUCACUGUCAGGGACUUCACCAUCACCAACACACAGAUGCCGUCUGACUCCCCCCGAGUUGUCCGACAAUUCCACUUCCACAGGUGGGCUGAGGGGCAGAACGUUCCCAGCUCCAAGAUAGCUCUGUUGGAGCUCCUGGACAUGGUAGAGAGAUGGCAGCACCAGUAUGAGAAUAAGCCAGUCACAAUUCAUUGCAUGAACGGCGCGAGUCGCGCUGGCCUCUUCUGUGCCGUGAGCUGCAUCCUGGAGAGAGUGAAGAGAGACAAGGAAGUCGAUGUCUUCCAGGCAGUCAAGCAGCUCCGUCUGAAUAGGACGCAGCUCAUUGACAACAUGGAACAAUACAAAUUCUGCCACGAGAUCGUCCUGGACUUCCUCACAUCUCCGGAAACAUCUUCCGUUCUCUCAUGACGUCACUGCCAAACCGGAAGUCACUAACAUAGCCAGCGGUCUAUGCAUCUGCGCAGAGGAUUUGUUCAGUUAUCGGAGUCUGUGAACGGGAAGAAAAUGUAAAUCUUUUGGUUUGAGGGGAACCGUCCAAAUAUUGUUGCCCGUUUGAAAGACAAAGUGUGGUCUUAAAAUUCUGCUCUGCGUCAGAAGUUUAGGUCGUGUUCAUGGACGCCAUUUUAUUAACAUCCGGGCGAGUGAAUAUGAAAACGAGGCUUUACUCUCUACCUCGAAAGAGAUGUAGAGUAUUCAAAGUUCAAUCCAAAGAGAGUAUAUUAGCCAAGGCCUAGACUGUCUGGUAACCCAUUAUAAGGUGCUAUGUUCAUUCAAUACAUCACAAAUAAUAGUUUUACAGAAUAAUGAAACAAUGUGUAAAAACUACAUGGCAUCUUUGUCGAAAUGCACAAUAAUUUCAACACACAGCAAAGUCUUACAUAAAUUUUCUACAAAUCAAUAUUAAUAAUGUUUCCAUACACCUAACAUGAGCUUAAGUCGGACGGAAGAAAAGGGAACGAAAUUCACACGGAUGUGCAUAAAUAGUUUCCAUGACUACACUCUUAACUGUUCCUUAUAUAUAACGCCUCAUGAUUUUAUCUGAUUUAAUAAUUAAUUGUGGUGACACCAUUAAACCAAGACAAUCUGACAAGUGUGUCAACUCGAUUACAACACAGUAUUUUCAUGAAUCAUGGAAAACGUUUGAAAUGAUGAAUGAACACGAAAACUGGAUGCUGAUUGGUGCUGUGGAAAAUAGUAUAUUUCAAGACAACAUCCUUGCGAGAGAAAUGGUUGUGACGUCCUCGGUUCAGUGAGGAUCCAACAGAGGAUCGAGCCAACAGUGAAAAGUAGUCGUUAGUCAACCACCAUCUGUUAUGAAUCCUAUUUUCUGGACGUGUGUUUGUGAUAGUUUGCUUGUAUGAGAUGGGCAGUAGAGCUGUGUAGAUCAAUUAAUUGAAUGAAAUCCAAGAACCUGUAUAUAAACAUGUUGCAAGUAUCGAAGAUAUGAAAACAAUCGCGGUUACUUCCCUUGGCUUUGCUGUAGUAACCAGUGUUCUGUCAACAGCGUUUGUGAAGAGAACCUCAUUCGGAUCAUUUCGUGCAGCACUUCUUACAGAUGAAGAGAAUUGACGAUGUUUUCAAACUGACGUUCUUCCAUUAGUUUAUUUCGUGAGAGCAUCACGCCACACUUCUCCAACUUCAAGACGAUUUCUUUGUAUUUUUUAAUCCAGAUAUUGAUAUGAAAAUCUGACGAACUGCACCGUCUUUCAUCCUCAUUGUGGAAUAUUGUCAGCCUAUUUCACGUGUGUUGAAAUUGUUAAAAUGAACGGUAAAAAGUCAUCAUACGGAUCAAUUUUCCGGAGUAUGUCGAUUUGUUCCGAAUGAAGGUAUUGGGCCUUUGCCAUGUGGCCUCUGGGAUUGUUAGAUAUAGAAAGAGUGCUUCAUUCGUAGUCAGUCGGGGUAUUUACUAAAGUCAUUAAUUUAUUUCCGUAUCAUCCUCUUUUGAUGAUGUAAAACUAUAAAUGGCAUUUGAUGAAAUAAAAGCAAAAUUUUGAUGCGAAAUCGGAACUUUUUAAAUUCAUUUAAAAGAAAUGUAUUCUAUUUAAACGGAGUGAAAAAUAUUUGUAUUGAAGAAAGUACAGUACCUGACUUCAAUAUCAUUUACCAUGUUGAAACCGUAAGUGCUAUUUAAUCAACUCAUCUUUUUAGUACACGCUUGACUAAAAUAUAACGAUGAAUUGUUUUAAAUGUGUCAUCCUUGAUUAUGCAGUGAAUUAUAUCUCCAUUCUAUUAUGAUAUGUACCAUGGACCCGAUCAGAAUCGGACGUCACGAUGCUAACAAUAGCCAUCCAAUCAAAUUGCUCUAAUGAGCGAGAGAAAUUCCGUGCCAAGUAAGGGAUGAGAGAGAUGGACAUGGUCAAUGAGUGAGUGAGUAUGGUUUUACGCCGCUUUUAGCAAUAUUCUAGCAAUAUCACGGCGGGGGACACCAGAAAUGGGCUUCACACAUUGUACCUAUGGGUAAUCGAAUCGCGAGGCUACCCGACCGCCCCCUAACGUCAAUAAGCCCAUAGUGGCGAAUGGGUCAGGGUAUAUAUCCUAACCAGAUAGAUAUAAUAAACCCUGGAUAACCGAGGAUGAAAAUGUGUAUGCUAUCAAGUAUUGACAUCACAACAGCGUUUUUGUGAAUAAAUACUUAUUUAAUCCGCCAAAAUGUACAGUAUAUCUGUAUAUCAUUAAAAUCGUCAAAUAUCUCCAAUUUGCAUGAGACGUGACACUGCUGACGAUCGAUGCUCUAGUCAACUCAUUUAUUGCCUAUGUGACUUGUACUGUAUAGAUUAUUAUUUGACGUGAGUUUCUUAUAGUGUAUAAAUGUGAUCAUUAAAUGUGCUAGUCACGUGUAUCUGUAUAUUGAUAUUAAUCAGCCAUGAUAUAUGAAUAUAGGCUGACUAUUUUAUCAAAUCCUAAUCGCCUGUUAUUUCCCAUGACAUGUUUCAAUAUUAAAAUAAAUGUACCUGUCCUAAAUAA